CACCCAAUCAUGUACGUUUUCUUGAAUUCCGCUUUAGUGUUAAGACUGUAAGUUUUAGAGUAGACAUCGAUCAGUAAAAUCGCUUUACAUAAAGAUACACCUGGCAGUUGCUAAGCGUUUUUAAAGUUUUAUUUUGUUUUUUCAUGGCAAAAGAAAUAUGUUACUUAGCCAAAUUCUAUUUUUCAAUAGCGUCUAAGAGCUACAAGAAAGUUGGUGAUGGUAGCACUUGUUGGAGUUCUGGGGAGCAGUCUUCCAGCAGGAUAUAACCUUGGUGUACUAAACACACCUGAGGCAAUCCUGAGAGAGUUUGUUCACAGCUCAAUAUCGCAACGUGGGCUAGUUUUAUCCGAGUCUCAACUGAACAUUUUAUGGUCAUGUGUAGUGUCAGUCUUCCUGAUUGGAGCUAUGAUAGGGUCAUGUUGUGCUGGUUGGACAGCUAAUAAAAUUGGAAGGCGGCCCACUCUACUUCUUAAUAGUGCGAUAGGACUUCUAUCAGCCGCACUGUUUGCCAUGGCCCGAAUUGCUUGUUCGGUCGAGAUGAUUAUUCUGGGACGUCUACUUGCUGGAGUGUUUAGUGGUAUUGGUUCCAGUGUGGGGCCUAUGUACAUGAUGGAGUCUGGUCCUUCUAACCUGAGGGGAGCACUUGGGGUUUUGCAACAGCUUGGUCUCUGCGUGGGGAUUCUAAUUGCUCAAAUACUAGGUCAAAAAGAAAUUUUAGGAAACGCCACCAACUGGCCGAUUCUCCUAUCAGUUUAUAGUUGCUUUAUUGCCGUUGGUCUUUUAAUCCUAUUGUUUUGUCCAGAAAGUCCUGCAUAUCUCUACAUCAAAAUGGGAGAAUAUGAUAAAGCUUUUAAAGAGUUGGAGAAAUUACGUGGAUUCCCAGCUGCACUCCUCCACGGGGAUGUAGUAUUGUUACGAACAGAGCGUAAAAUGAAUGAAUCCUGUUCUACUUGGACAAUAACGAGGGUAUUUAAGGAUCCGUUAGUGAGAAAACCACUUUUUUCUGUGUGUAUUAUGCACAUUGGACAACAACUCUGCGGUAUCAAUGCUGUUAUCUACUACUCUACUAGCACCUUUCUGAAGAUUGGAAUGACGUACACUCAGAGUCAGUAUGGCAGUAUUGGAGCUGGUUUGGCCAAUGUUGUCAUGGCAUUUGUUUCGGUACCACUAGUGAAUAGCUGUCAACGUAGAAUUCUAAUUCUUGUCAGUAUCUGUUCUGUGGCAUGUAGUCUAAUAAUUCUUACCAUUUCGAUGGCUCUUCAGAGCGUAUCUCCUGCCUUAUCAUACGUUAUAAUUAUUUCUUCUCUGUGCUUUGUCCUUGGGUAUGGAAUUGGUUUGGGUCCACUUCCAUAUAUGAUUGGCAGUGAACUCUUCCAUCAAGGUCCCAGGGCAACAGGAAUGGGGCUUGGAUGUCUGGCAAACUGGUCGGCCAAUUUCAUUGUUGCCCUCACCUUUCCACUCCUACAGCAACUGUUAGACCAGUACGUUUUCCUAAUCUUUGCCACCUUCACAGUGUUUCUUGGUAUUUAUCUCUACAAAUACCUACCUGAAACUAAAGAUAUGAACCCUGUGGAUCUGUCAUCCCUCUUUCAAUCACCUCUGUGUGAGGAGAAACUAUGAAACAGCACCAUCUUUGAACAAUAAUAAUUUUUGUGAUGACAUUUUAACAACAGUUAAUCACGCUGAGAAAGACAUACUGAGAGUAUACGAGAAAAGAUAAAUACCAUUUAAUUAUAAAUAAGCUGAGAAACUUAAUUAAAGAGCAAUCACAUCUUGAAUCAAUAAACGUUAUUAUCCUUGUUUCAUAGUUUAAUAUACUGAUAAUAAAUCUAUCCAGAUAUGCUAAAAGUAGUACUUAUAUUCUCUAUGUCUGAUUUAACAUCAGGCAUUAGUUAUUAGCUAUAUUAGUAUCAAAUGUUUUCUGACACUUUUCUAUCUCUGAGUCUUUCCAGAAAAAACGAUAAAAAUUUUUCGAAUCCACAUCAUGUAAUCAAAGAUUAAAUAAAGAUGUAUACAUAUGUUA